AUGCCGUCGCUCACUUAUCCCAUCGCCCUCGCUAAUCUCGCAGCCUCUGCACUCGCAGACAUUCACAAUGUCAACAUCCCCAAAGGAUUCUUUAACGGUCCUCAGACCGGAAUUGGAUCAUGGUUUCGCGCCAACGCCGAACCAGACUCAACUAACGGCCAUAGUUGGUGUGGCUACGCGUAUUACAACAGCGACCGUAUCUUCGCCGUGUCUCUGAAAGCCAUGGGUGGUGAGACCUACUACAGUGACCCAGCUGGUUGGAAGGCAGCGACAAAGAAGUACUGUGGUCUCGAGGCUCUCGUCAAGGACCCCAAGACAGGCAAACAGAUGUUCAUGUACAUUGGGGAUGCCUUUGAUGAUAAGUGGAUCCAUGAAAAAGGCUCUAUCGACAUCAUGGUCGACGCCUUCUCAAGCAUUCACGGCAACCCCAACGGCGACAAGAACAACGUGAUCAAGGGAGUGGAGUGGAAAUUCACUGGUCGUGUCAACACAAAGUAUGCUGCUGAUGGUGCAAGCUAG